AUGGUUGAAUACUGGCCUUACAUGGUUGGCUAUGGCCUACCGCUGGGUUUAUGCGCUGCCCUAUUGCCCGACCCUGUGGGACCUGGCAGUUUUCUCAUGGCAAUAGCUUAUCCCGUCCUCGUAAUUGGCGCCUUUGGCGUCUCCUGGAACGACAAAUCCGUCGCUUCCAGUGCCUCUGCUGACAAGCCAGUGGGCUUGGGUUUGUACGAGUUGAGCCCCGCCAGCGGUGCAUCCGUUUCCACUUUUGCUUUCGCGAGUGGUGAUGUAAUCAGCAGGGGUGGCUCAUUCGCUUCAGGUGCAUCACGUGGCCGAUUUACACGACUCUUAAUUGAGCUGCCUAUCCGAACGGCAUUGUGCCUGACCAAUCUUAUCUUCUGGCUGUUGGGUCAUUUCUUCUGUCGCCAUCACGACAGGCCGCCACAUGGCAAAGCCGACAGAGUAAGUGGAUCAACAACCUCUUGCACUGCCCCCUACGCUUCACUC